UUGAAAGUUUAGGUUUUUAUAUGGGAAUAAAUGUUUGUGCGGCUUUGAAAUACGAUUUUUCUUCGUGUGUACAACUAUCAUUUUUAGCCAAUACUUGGCGAAUUCUGAGCAAACAAUCUAGGAAUAUGUAUAAACAAAUUUGAUAGAAACAGCUGCGUAAAUUUUACCAAUAGUCCUUGGGUAAGAAGAGCGCCUGUGAUCGACCCACUAUAUAAGCCUUUCCGAAAUCCGACAUCACCAUCAAUCUACAAUCUCCAAUCAGCAAAUCCACAAUGAGAGCAGCCACCAUCAUCUCCGCAAUCUUCGUCCUGACAGCCUGUCUCUUGAGGAGCAGCGAAGCGGCGACCUGUACCGUUGCUCCCACCGACGCUAACUGCAUCAACUGCACCACCAAUCCCACGGAAGCCGAGUGCGUUGCCGAGGCCGCAGCUGCCGCAGCUGCCGCAGCUGCCGCAGCUGCCGCCACAACCACCACAACCACUGUGGCGCCAACCUCUACAACCACCGAAGCGUCGACCAGCACUUCGUCCGGAAACCGGAAGAUCGUGCGCGUUAGCAACCUGAGCUACUCCGUCACCCGUCGCAUCCGCGUCAACAGCACCACCACCCGCUCCACCAGCCGCAGUGGCAAGACAAAUCGCAGACGCUCCACCAACGCGAACCGCAACCUAAGGCGCAAAAACAACAAAAACAAAGCCAAGCGGGGCAACACGAGAGCCCGACGUGGAAAUGGCAACGUUCGUGUCGUGGUUGGUUAG